AUGGCAGACCCAGAUGACAGCGCGCACGCAAGGCGCACCUCGGAAGAUGAGCGCAGGCCGCUCCUUCCUCACUCACACCAAGAAGCGCCAGCACAGACACUCAGACCGCGCCGUCUCAACAAGAGUGCGACGAUUGCCAUUAUUUUGCUUAUCGUCGCUGCACUCAUCAUUGCGAUACUCGGAUUUAUAUUACCGAAGAUGGCGCAGCGCUAUAUUGAGGAGACGCUACAGGUAGGUGUGUCUGAUGUGAAGGUAUUGCGCGUGACGGAUACAGGCGCAGAAGCGCAAGCUGAUUUGUCACUCUAUUUAGAUGCAAGCAAAUCUACCGCCGGCGGGUUCGAGCGGCGCUUGGCGGACAAGCUUGUUGAGAUGGCUGGGACGAUUCGCUUGAGUGAUACCGUUGUUCAGGGCUUCUUGGUACAUGAAGGUGAACACAGAGUUCUAUUUGCGACACCUGAUGGGUUUUCAAUGAAGCUUGGCGGUGGGACAUACACAAAGACGACCAUCAAGAGUCACUUUGACCUUCUCCAUCUUGAGUCUCUUUCUGGGCUCGCCGAAGCAAUUUUGGACCACGAUGUGAGUCAAGUCUCUGGUCGAGCGCAUGUUACCACCACAGUCCACAAGGUAUUCGCCAUGCGCAAGUCUGUCGACAAGAAACUCAGUUACAAGCUGCCAUCUUCUUUAGACGAGGGCUUGCCAAAGUACAAUAUUUCACAGCUCGCAGUCAAGGACGACGAAGCAAAAGGACUGUCGGGCUCAGCUUUGCUCAAAGUAUUUCUUCAGUCGCCGUUUGACAUCACAGUUCCUUCAGUAUCAGUUGACGUGCUAAUCGAUGGCUGCAAUAACCAAAAGAUCCUGCUGGCUACUGGUCACAAUGCGCCCUUGGAUCUAGACUCACAUGCCAAGACCAUCCAGUUGAAAGCCCUCGGCAGUGUGGGUCAUUUGCCCAAGCAAGCAACGGAGCCAUGCCCGAAUCACCAACCUUCACCGCUCGACAGACUCAUGCAACUUUACUUGGCUGGCAAUGAUACGCGCGUGUAUGUUCGUGGAUCAUCGCCAACUCAAGGUGAUGCGUCCUGGCUCCAACAAGUCUUGUCUCGCAUUACCAUUCCCGUCGAUUUGCCUGGUUCACAGUCAGAUCAGCUUGCUAGAGACAUUGAGCUCGCUGAUGUCAAAUUUAAUGUCGGUGGCUUCUUCCGACAAGAAAAGCCCAAAAUCAGUGGCAACGUCAAUGCCGUGAUUGACGUACCGGCAGGCAUUCAUGUGAAAGUCGACGUCAAGGGUGUCAAGAUUCUUGCUGAUUUGAUUUACAAGGGCAAGAAGUUUGCCACUUUUGAAUCCCCUGAUUGGGCUCCGGCUUCUUCUUCGUUCAUCAAGCCGACUGCAUUGAAAGUGCAAGCACAACUUCGAGAUGCACCGGUGACCAUCACGGAUAACGAUGUCUUCACGUCUGUUGUUUCCGCGCUGAUUGGUGGGAAUGCUCUUUUGGAUGUCUCUGGUGUUGCAGAUGUCCGCGUCUCGACGGGUCUUGGCAACUUGGAACCGCACGGUUUACCACUUGUUGCCAAGGAUAUUGAGAUUGGUGGCCUUGGUGGUGGAUUACCGAGUGAUUUGGAAAGCGUCAUUCACAGUCUUGGCGUGGUAGGAACGACGCCUGAUUCCCUCGAUUUGGCAGCCAAUGUUGGCAUCCAGAAUCCAACGCCAUACGGUGGGUAUGUGCAUGCCAUCAAUGUCCUGAUGGUCUACAAUGGUUCUGUUAUUGGCAGCUUAACGGGUCGCAAUAUCACUUUGCAGCCUGGUGGCAAUGUAUCGGUCGAUGCAUUGCUCAUGUAUGAUCCGACACUAUAUGGUCACGCAGCAGAGAAUUGUGCAGCAUUCUCACAGAUGUUGUCGUUGUAUCUCAGCGAAUUGCCGGUUAAUCUGACACUGCGGGCACACGCUGAGAGUGUCCCCGGCAUGCCCAACUUGAGUAACGCACUAGCGCAUCUACCAUUGGAGUUCUCUAUGCCAAUUCCACAACUUCACUUCCCAGAUGAUUCUGGUGAUGACAAUGACGAUGGCGCGGGUUCAUCAGGUUCACGCUUCUUGAUCUCUGCCAAAUUUCACGUCUUUAGCUCAACGGCUCAAUUCACAUUACGCAAUCCAUUGAAUGAGAGUGUCACCAUCACGGAGCUGGACGCACAAGCACGGUAUCAUGAAGAUGAAGUGGGUAUCAUUCAGUAUACCUACCCAAUUACACUCGAUGGGGAUGCACCUACGACGGAAACCUCUCGGCUUCCAGUGUCAUGGUCGUUACCACCGUCUGAUAUUUUACGCAAGGCGAUUAGAGGGACACUGAGAGUCAAUGCGACUGCGCAGUGUCGCGUAUCGAUUGGCGUAUUGACGCCAUUGCCACUGACAUUGGAGGUACGCGAAGUGGGAGCAGGUGUUGGUAUCUGA